AUGUUAUUGCAGAGCUCUAUCCCAAGUUCACUUGAAGCAGCUUUAUCCUUUACCUCUGAUCAUGGGAAACGAGACUUACCAUUUGAGUGGAUAAAUGCUGAAACCAGGCAAUGUUGUAUAAACUGUAACGAACUCUCUAAGGAUGGUUCAGAGCUAUUGACAGCCAGCACAACGUUUGAAACUUCUGGAUCAAGUUACAUUUGCAAGCGAAGGAAGCUCCCGAAAAAUUCUGUGGUUAUUUUUCCUCUUGAGGUGGAAGUUAAUGAAGUACCUGUAUUUGCAGCUAAGAAUGGUCCUUCAGACAUUCAAGUUGAGGAUACAAUUGAUGAUGGAACUAGUGCUUCUUCUCUCUCUGCAGAUAAAUCAGUUUUAGAGUUCAAUGGUGGUAAUGCUUCUGUCCUCAAUUCACAAAACUUUAGCAAGAAUCCUUGUUCAGAAUUUAAAGUCUUCAUAAAACCAGACGUGAAUACUAACUCAAAGUCUGUUAGCUUUGGUAAGGAGGAUCUUAUAUCUGACUGUUCUUUACGGGAACCAGAUAUACAAUUUGGUUCUGUUAUCAAAACUAAUGAGGCUAAUCACAUUACAGAGAGGCUUAGUCAUGAUAUUCAGGGUUCUAAGGUUUCAAAUCAAGAUCUCUUUCUCAAAGAACUAUGCAUUUCUGUACUAAGAAGUAAUGGAUUGCUUGAACGUGUUUGCCCUAAAAGAAGUUGUGCUUCUACUGACGUUCUGGGAAUUGGUAGUGAUAGAGGCUAUACCCGGUCUUGUAAGCAGUGUAGUCUUUCAGAAAAUAUAUUGAAUAUGUUGCUUUGUGAUCAAUGUGAAGAGGCAUUCCAUGUAUCUUGCUGCAAACCUAGGCUGAGGAUGUUGCCGAUUGAUGAGUGGUUUUGUCAUUCUUGUUCAAAAAUGAACUGCAAUUCAUCAAAUAAGAAUUCUUUUUCAAAAUCAUGUAUUACUCGGAGUUAUACUGCAUCAAGAUUUGGAUUGGGUCCAAUAGCACACAUGUUGAAACAGACUGAGUCCUAUACAUCUAAAGUUCGGAUUGGCAAAGACUUUCAGGCAAAAGUUCCUGACUGGUGUGAUCAAAUUUCCAAUGAUGUCAAUUGCAUUGGUGAACCUUCCAAAAUGGAUCCAGCAGAAACCAUUGACAUACAUGCGAGCUUUUCGGUCAAGUUUCCCAUGCCGAAAUCUAUGAGUAAUUGGCUUCAAUGUCGUGAAGUUUUAUAUGAUGACUCAAGGGAACGUGUUAAAGGAACUAUAUGUGGAAAGUGGCGCAGGGCUCCAUUUGCCAAAGUCCAAACUGAUAAUUGGGAUUGUUCCUGCGCUGUUCUUUGGGACCCAGCCCAUGCUGACUGUGCUGUUCCUCAGAUCAUUAUACUUGGAAAGUAUCAUUUUGCAUGGUAUGUAGUAGAAUUGCAGGGAACUUACUUCUAA